AUGAUUGAAGAAGUUAAUGAUAUCUCAAAUAAACAAAUCUACGACCUACUGCACAGUAUAUUAGCAAAAAAUACUCAAAUAGAGCAAGAUAUCCAUAACAAUAAAGAAGAGAUCAAGAAGGAAAUCCAAAUUUUAAGACAAGACAUCACGACAGAGCUAUAUAACCUAGAAAGAGAAAACAAAAAGUUAAAAGAAAAAAUCGACAAGUUAGAAGAAGAACUGAAUAGUACAGAACGCCAAGUGAAAAAGUAUAAUGUAAUAUUUUAUGGAGUGAAAGAAGCUGGAGAUACAGUUACUGACUUGGACAGUAUUUUGAAAAUAUUCAAUGAAAAGCUGGAAGUUAAAUGUAGCCUUGCUGAUUUCCGGGAUAUACACAGAAUAGGGAGGAAGCAAGAAAACAAAAUCAGACCGGUUGUCGCCGAAGUAAUAAAUUAUCAACUAAAGAAAGUAAGCCUGGAGAAUUCGAAGAAGCUGAAAGAUUCUGGAAUAUAUUUAAGUUUGGAUUACACAAAACAAGAUUAUCAACAAAGAAAAAUAUUGUAUACAAACUUGAAGGUGGCUAAAAGUGCUGGACUGGAAGCGAAAAUACAAAACCAUACACUUCACAUAGGAGAGGACAUCUUUACCUCUGACGAUUUAUCACAGGGGACUCCCGAUGUUUUAACGGCGGCAAUUCUGAAGCUGAAUGUAGAACCUCAAAAUACAGGAGAAAAUUCAAGAAACUCUUUGAAAAGAAAAAACAUUGUCGAGGAAAAACCCAAGAGAUCCACCAGAAUCAAGAGCACCAGUAAAUAA